AACACAGACGGAGUGUUUACAGUGAGAUCAGUUUCCACUCAGAUGUAGCUCCUAGAUGAAGGAUUCAGGUUUUCCUCCCAUUGGAUCGCAGUGGUCGUGGGAGCCGCUGCGUGCCGUGACGGGGACAGACAGUGAAGACAUUAGAGGGAGAGGGGAGGAUUCAACACUUCCUAAACACACAGAGACCGUCUCUAUCUGAGAAAUGGGGUGUCGGCUCCCGAAGCUGAGGAAGGCUGAGGAGAGGCGCAGUCCUGGCAACAUCUACUCCACCCUCCGAAGGCCUCAAGUUGAGACAAAAGUUGGAGUGGCCUACACAUACCACUUUCUGGAUUUCCUCUUGGGGAAAGACGAGGUGCCAGUGUCGUCUGUGCUUUGCCUUUCAUCGGUCAGAGAGCUGCCCGUCCAGGUCAGGGAACUCUACGCACAGGGCUUCGUCCUGGUGGCUGUUCACCCCUUUGUCCAUCCCUGCGGACCCCGCCACGCUCACAUCCAGCGCCAGCUCCACAGAGCUGUGUUAGUCAGAGAGACACAGAGUCUAGAGAAAAGCCAGCUGAGGUGGGUGAAAAACCGUCUGGAGACAGAGGUCUGUGUGGCCAGUCAACAGGCUGCAGACCCAGAAGCCAUCCAGAACUAUGUUAAGAAGAUCCAGGAUGUGGCCGAACAAGGGUCCAUGUUUGUGGGGUUUCUCCAGCAGCCAGGUGGAGGACCGUAUUUUUGGGGUCACUGGGACCCAGAGGAGCUAUCAUCCUUGCAUUCAAGCCCAUCACCGAUACAUCGACAGCCUUUUAGCACCAAAACAAGCCCAACUAGACCAAAUCCUAUUGGUGAAGAUGCUGAUAUCUGUUGCUGUGAUACUGAAGAGAUAGAUCGGAGGGGUGUAGAGGGUGUCAAACAGGACCAAGUCUCCUCGAUUUUCAGACCACCAGACCUCAGCAAUCUGAAGCACACUGCAGACUUUCCUCAUAACCCAGAUGAGCAUAAUGAUCAAUUAAUAACUUCACAAACUGUAGCCAUAGACUGCAAUAAACCUCAUAUCCACAUCAAAUCUGAUGCUCAUAAAACUACAGAAGUCUGGGGAAAAUGGUCAAGUCUACCAGAAACAGCAGUCACAACAAGGCUGCAGGAGUGUAGAUUACAUGGGAUUAAACAGCACUGCACUGAAUCUACAGAGAAACAUCUCAGCCUAUCCAAACAGAAGGAAAGGAGGGUCUCCAGCCCAGACAGCUGGCUCAGCUCUCCAGAAUUGGACCGUAAGCAUGACAGAAGAUCUGACUUAACUCAAGCAGACGGACAAAGACGCGUGACAACACAGAACAACAACCACAUCAAGCUGAAGAAUUCUGGGAAUGACACGGAUUCAACUUCACCACCGACGCAGGCUAGGAUGCAGCUGUUUGCGCUGUACAACCACACGGAAGAGCCCGACACCUCCCUGAGGUUCUACUCUCUCCGGGUGCCUCUGCAUGUGCAGAAGGAGAGGGAGGCAAUCACAGACAUUGAUGCAAACUGGCUCGACCACAUGACUCAGCAUUUUAGCAGCGGAGCACAGCUCAUUGAUGGGUUUUUUCACCUCACAGAUGAUCAUGUCCCUGGAGUCUCAUCUGUGGAUAGCGUUUUCAUCUUCCAGAGCUCCGUGGAGGACACCACAGACACCUCCUAUGACGCCAUCGUGGUUGAGCAGUGGACUGUUAUAGAUGGUGUUGUGGUGAAGACGGACUACAUCCCUCUGCUCCAGUCCUUAGCUCCAUAUGGAUGGAGACUGAUGUGUGUGCUGCCAACACCCAUUGUCAGAACAAACAGUGAUGGAAGUUUGUCGACUAAGCAAAUCCUUUUUCUUCAGAGACCCAUUUUGCAACGCAGGAGAAAAGACUUCAAGAUGCUGAACCUCAGAGGUCGCAGUAAAGCAAAGAAACACUCAGCCGGGGAGGCGUUAGACGAGCAGGAGAACAAGUCCCUCGUGAUAGAGACUGAGAUGGACAGGCUGAGGAUCAACGAAGAGGAAGACGAGGCGGUGGUAGAGGGGAGGAAGAGAGGGCACGGCGGAAGGAGCAAAAUAGCGAGCCUUCAGAAGAGCGGAGAGGAUGGGCAUCAAAAGGCGUUCUCCCUUCUGUUGGAGCGCAGGGCUUCUGUUGAACAUCAAGAGGAGGAAACUGAUGUGGACGCCAUCCUGGCACCCAGACAGGAGCAGGUGGUGAAAUGGAUGGAUUUCUGUCCAGUUGAUGAGCGGGGGCUAAAGGAGAAGGUCAGGGUGGAGGAGCGGAUUAAACAGCAGCUAUUCUCCGGAGUUUGUUGACAUGAAGUUUGUGGGAACCAAGCAAUCAGAAACCUGGUUAUCCUCCCAUAAAAAAAGUGUUUUAAUGGUUUGAGUUCCUAAAAAAUGCAGAGUCGAGCAUAAACUGUGCUGUGGAAAAGUAUUUCUGUUUUUCCCUUUUUGUUUUGUUGACCUGAGUAAAUGCAAAUUGCAGCUUUUAAGUAAUGAUAUUCUAACUUAGUACCAAGUAAAUAAUCUUUCCACUUGUUAAAUUAUAAAUUAAGAGUUUUUAUUGUCAUGACGUGACCAUUAUAAAGUUUUCUUUAGACACCAGCCCCAAACACACAUAUAAUACACAGGCAUACUUUAAAAACAAUGAAAAAAAGAACUUGUAUUUUCAAAAUAGAAAAAUAAAAGUUGGACGUGCAAUGUAGAAGGGAGGAUUUACGUAAAGUGUAGGUUCUGGUUCUGAGUCCAUUUGUUUCAGAUUUAAUGUUUCUGAAUCAUUUCUCCUGGUGAAAGAGAGACAAAGUGUCAUUACCUGGAUGAGCGGUGGUUUGGGGAAACACACCUUUUUCUGGCCGUAUGCAGCAUAAACUGAGUGUUGUGCUGAUGAUCUGGUGGUCCUGGUUCCUCUUUGUAUUCUGGUUGCUGCUGUUGAAAUUUUGCUUAAUGCUCUGGGCUUUGCCUGCUGAUUGGCUCUUUAGUUCUCUGCGGGCCCUGCUGUGGGUCAGUCUGUCUCCUGAUCAGUAAGCUGCAUCAUGAUCUUUGGGAAGGAGCCAAACUGGGCUGUCAACUGAUUGUUUCUGGUUAGGAAAAACCCUGAUUAUGCAGGGAGUGCAGCAGCAAUGCAGACAUCAAUAUAGGACAGACCAGUACCUGGAAGGAGAAAGUUUGGCCUUUGGUUUGUUACCGUUGGUCUGUUACCACUCUGGUUAUGCACCCUGACUGAAAAGCUGCAUAAUUACCUUAUAAAAGCAACUGAUGCUGGAUAACCUUCCAGUAUGUGGAGUUAUUUAUUUUUAUUUUUAUUAAAUUGAAGAAAAAGGCGAUUUACAAGGGGAAAAUCAUUUUAAAGGUAAAAUAAAUAUAUUGGAGAGAACACAUUUUCAUACUGAUGGCAAAAAGUGAUGCACUUUGAGACGGACGGAAACGUUUUGAGAGAAAAUAUUUUGUCACAGAAUAAAAGAUAAACUGACAUUUGGAAAAUGAUUUCUCUCUUAAAACUUUUUUUUUGCCUCAGUUAACCAAAAAAGUCUUUGUUCUUGAUUCAGGAUUUUUCUCUCAAUAUGAAAAACCUGUUAAUUCUGUCAAACCUGGCCAAUAGAAACACAGGCGCGUUUUUUACAUCUAGAGAAAAAUCCUGAAUCGAGAGCAAAGACUCAAAGAAAUGUUUUUUUUUUUUUUUUUUGACAAAACACUAAAAUAACUCCAUACAGUGUGGCUUAAAUAAACUUUCUGCAAAAAAAAAAAGAGUUGGCCAAAACUCCUAAAAUAAAAAAGACUCCUUCCCACUUUCAAAUGCAUGGCAGUUUUCAGAUAUCUUCAUCUGAGAUGGGGGAAAAAAAAUGGUUUGAUGAUCUGAAACUUGUCAGUGUAAAACGAUAAGAAAUCUGUAAGGGGCCAAAUGCCUCUUUAGGGAACUCUAGUACAUUUAUGUUCCGUUCAGAUGCCAAAGCUCUGAAUUCCUAAAAGUGUGCUGCAGACAUUUCUGCCUUCUUGUGUUUAAUGUUUUUAUAUAUAAAAAAAAGAAAAAAGUCAAGACUCACUGUACAAAGCUAUACAACUUUUUAAGCCAAUGCCUUAAAUAGGAGUUUCUUUUUCAUGUUCUUUUUUUUAACAUUUGCUGUCUAUUUAAGGCUUAUAAGAUAUCCAUAGUGCAGAAUAAUAGCAGGUUAAUUUGCCUUAUACCAUCUCCCACUUUAAACUCCAAAAAUCCCUCAACUUACUUGUAUAACUCACUCUAUAUAAACAUUUUCUAAAAAUGUUCUAUUUCAACCCAAACCAAGUGGUUGUAGUUCUAAUCUAUUUUUGAGCCAGUUGAUUUUUAUGAAAUAUAGCUGAGAAACUUCUCGCUGGUCGACAAUAUCUAUUAGUCCGCAUAACCUCAUCUGUAACCAUAAGCGUUAAUAAGCA